ACGCUCAACCACUGAGCCACGCCCAGCCGGGCGGUAAAUGUAUUUUUUAAAGUUCUCAUUGGGAAAGUUGUUACUAGACUUUCUAACCAUUGUUUAUUCUCACUGCCCAGGUUACCCUUUCCCUACUGCUCCUCCUGUGGACCCAUUUGCCAAAAUCAAAGUGGAUGACUGUGGGAAAACAAAGGGAUGCUUUAGAUACGGCAAGCCAGGCUGUAAUGCUGAGACCUGUGACUACUUCCUUAGCUACCGGAUGAUAGGGGCCGAUGUGGAAUUUGAGCUGAGUGCAGACACAGACGGCUGGGUAGCAGUUGGAUUCUCUUCGGACAGGAAAAUGGGCGGCGACGACGUGAUGGCCUGCGUGCACGACGACAACGGCAGGGUCCGCAUUCAGCACUUCUACAACGUGGGCCAGUGGGCCAAGGAGAUUCAGAGGAACCCUGCCAGGGACGAGGAAGGCGUGUACGAGAACAACCGGGUCACCUGCCGGUUUAAGCGCCCCGUGAACGUGCCCCGGGACGAGACGAUCGUGGACCUGCACCUGAGCUGGUAUUACCUGUUUGCGUGGGGCCCGGCCAUUCAGGGCUCUAUCACCCGACACGAUAUAGACUCACCACCAACUUCAGAGCGUGUUGUUAGUAUUUACAAGUAUGAAGACAUUUUUAUGCCGUCAGCUGCCUACCAGACCUUCUCCUCUCCAUUUUGUUUGCUUCUCAUUGUUGCCCUGACUUUCUACUUAUUGAUGGGAACUCCUUAACCACAGCUGCAAAUCCAACGCAGGAAAUGGAUUAGAAAGUCUUUAGUAUACAUAUAUAUUUUUAAAGAAUAUACAGUAUAAUUUUAGCUUCUAUUAUUUAAAAAAAAAGACUCAUAUGAUUUCAGCUUUUUGGAAGAAAAAACAAGCUUCUUUUCUAAUCAAAGAGGAUUGUUUAAUAAUGACCCCAUACUUUUGGAAAGUACUUGAAACUUUUCUAAGUUUUCUUAUUUGAGCUUCACAGCAUCUCUGAGUUGGCUUGAUGAAAAUUAUUAUUGCCGUCUUACUGAAUGGGUUUGGAGACCCAGGAAGGCUGCCUUUUUGUGACCCAUAUGCCAUGUAGUCUUGGCCACUUGGUCAGGUAACACGUAGCAAGGCCGACAAAGAGCAAGGCAUAGGAAUCAUGCCCCUGAACAAUGUUUACUCUCCCAGCUAUAGCUCAGGAGACUUGGAGUAUUACUAACGAGAGCUUUACUGGUCAGACAUAAUUCACAGUAAGCCUUUUAGGCGGAAGGACUUUCAAAUUUCCAUAAAGCUUAAGUGCUUUUGGAUAAUUACACAGCCGAUGGGGAGAAUGGGGGAGAUUACAAUGAUAUGAAAAUGGUUCAUAUGUCUUUGAAAUUUCUUCUCAAGGAGUGAGCAGUUCCGAGAAAACAUUUUUUUUAUUGCUGUUGGAAGGGUUAGAAAUAGAGUUGAGUGCUCCCAAAGAUGUAAAAUUAUGUUAAUGAUAGGAAAUAUGGGCAUUCUUAGCAGUUAGAAUUGGGACUCUUCUACCAGUGUGUUUUAUAAAUUAAGGUAUCUGUGUUUGCAGCUAAUUCAGUUGUCAGAGUCAGCAUACACUGAGAAUGAUUAAAUAGUAAUAUAAUAGACAAAUCAUAUACAGAAAAAUGUAAAGCAUUUUGACAAUAAACCAACAUUUUGCAGAUUGUGGAAUUCGGCCUAGAAACUUUUUAAAGAUGAUAUGUUUUAAAAAAUUAGAAAAUGGGAAAUGACCUGUAAAGUGAAUUCACCUAGAUUACCCAUUCAGACUUGUUCAGACUUGUAAAUUGGAUUGGCAGUCAGCAUAAUUUAUAAUAAUGCUUUGACUGAAUGUAGUUCCUUUUUUCAAAGGAACCCAGAGGUUCCUUUGCCCCCAGUGUCUGUGUUAGCAGCCCAUUUAGAAGAAAAGAAUCUCUGGAAGUGGUUCUGUGGCUGAGGCAUUUCCAGUGUAGAGUUCUGGAGGCCUCUGGCUUGCCCCGGUUGCUUUGAAGCUGGCUCCAACUUUGUGGGUGUUUUGAUUGAACAACACUGGAGACUGAUUUCUAAUGCCAUCCUUGGAAUUCAUGUCAGAGGCGAAAGUCCUCCUUUGGGGUGAGCUUUCACAUUCUUCUGGAACUGAACAAAAAGAAAAACAUCAAGAUUCCGCGACGUAGCACAGUUCACCGAGCUCAUCUGAGGGACUUUGGAAAAGUAAUCCUCAUUGCAGGUGGGGAGAGGUCCAAUCAUCUCAGGUGAGCAAAGGAACAGGGUAGGAUUCAUUUGGUUCAAGUCCCUGGUUCCACCUGGCUACCGGCGCCUCACAACCAAGCCCUCUGGUCAAGGCUGAGGAUGGGCUGUGCAUCACCUUCCCCGCUGUCGUGCUUGCUGAGCAGUGAGGAUACUGAGGAUGCAGGCGCCCACACUGUAAAUAAGAGGGCAAAUAUUUUUAUAUUUCAUUUUCUCAUGUGUAUUAUAUCUCAGCUAUAAAUAGGUUAAAACUAAAGAGAGACUUCAGCUCGUCUCUGUAGCUGGCAGGGAAGAAAUUAAUGGAUUUCCCUUCUGCUUACAUUUCAAGUCAAGCUCUCUAUUUCACCAGUUGGUUCUACUGUGACUACCAGUAUAUUUGUGCUUAGAGCUUUCCCUGAUUUCUCACUGCCAUUAGUGUAAAAGGUGAGCCACUUUGAUUACCCCUCAUAUAUACUGUCCCCACUCCUCACCUGCUAUGACCCAGCAAGGCUGAACUGCUCUGAGUUCUUCAGACCCGCUUUCUUACCACAUGUUCCCUGUGCCCAGACAUUCUGCAUACAUUUCCUGUGCUUGCUGAACUCCUACUCAUCUUUCAGGCCACAGCUUAAAUAUUUCUUCCUCCAACCCCCUAGACUAGGUAGGUUUUGGUCUCUGCCAAGUGCUACUAUAGCACCCUGGGCUUCCCCAUCACACUUGACUGUAAUUGCUGGCUCCUCCUGCUAACUCCUUAAUGCAGGGAGUAACCAUUUUUGUUGUUUAUCAUUGCAACACACACUACUACACUGUAGGUAUCCGGCAAACAUUUGUUGAAUGAAUAAAUAAUGAAACUGUACUUCUAUGGCAAGUUUCUUCGGUUCAGAAGACUUGUAUUUCAUAGACAUUGUCAAACUGGCUAACAUUUUUAUAUUUUUUCCACCUGUGAUCAAACCAUAAACCAUCCCUUUAGCAAACAGUGAACUCUGUCUUUUGAAACAUAAAUAGAAAGAUGGUUAGUAACAAUGCUGUCUUGCCCUGCAAAACAUAGUCGACAUUCUUUUUUUUUUUUAUAAAUUGAUUUUAGAAAGAGGGGAAGGGGGGUGGGAGGAGAGAGAG